UUCCAAAAAAAAAAAAUGUUUUUCUGAAUGAUCAACAUGGUUUCAAAGAUCAGUUUUCAAAAAGAAGAAGAAAGAAAAGAAAAAAAAAUUAACUUUUUUUAAUAUCAAACCGCCAUCACAAUUAUCACUUGAUCAGAGUCUCUAAUUACCGGCUUGACUUCAUUCUAUACGACAAAAGAGUCAAUCACAUCCUUCAUAGCUUCAAAUUCAAUCAAACAGCCUAGAUUAUUCUUCAUUCAUCUCUGAGAUUUUAAGUCAAACGGAAAUAAAUCAGCAACCUGAGAAGGCAAUUAAUCUUACACAUUAAGAUGGGUAAGAUUGGCUGCAGCGUAGAUGGGAACCUGAAUGACGCAAAGUUUGGCGAGCCUCUUCCAUGGAUUGGCAUCUAUGUAGCAGUAGCAUCUCUGGUCUGUGCAAUUGUCAUGGCUGCGGAUGUUAUCCGUGGCUUCCGCCAUCGGAAGUUGUGGUUUCCCAGUAAGUAUUUCUGCAUCAAUGCCACUUCUUUGGCCAUAAUAGCAGUAGCAGUCAAAUUUUCCGUGGAUCUAAACACCCCUAUGCCUCGACGGGUCGAUCAGCUUUCGAAACUUAGCAGCAAUAUCUUGAUCUGUACAAUGAUGGGUAAUUCCAUGCCUUCUCUUGGAACGAUGGAAAACCAAGAAAUCAUGAUGAAUAUUAUAGCUCUGGGAAUACUUGUUAUUACUGUUACUGUCAACAUAUGCAUCCAAUUAGGAACUGGUGUUAUCUAUCUUUACUGGAAAGAGCAUGCACUUAUCAUGUUUCUCAUGCUUGUUUUGCUUGUAAUCUUGAGCUUUUCAGCUUUAACAGUACCGACUACUAAGAGGUAUUUAGAGUUCAAGUUCAAGAAAAAAUACGAAAUGGCUGUGAAAGAAUGUUCAACUGAAUCUAACAGAACUGGGGACAAGAAACUUAGAGAAGAUCUAAUGAAAUUCUGGAUGAUGGCUCAUACCAGCAGCCCACAGUUUGUCAUGGCUCGUUUAGUUACUUGCACUGCUGCAGGUGCACUGUGCCUCCUGGGCGCCAUGACUUUAGCAGAGGCUAUGCUGAGAUCUUAUUUGAUGCCCUGGUCAUUCAAAUUCUGCACUGGAGAAUCUGACUACAAGUGGUCAACCAUCUUAGUUCUUGUUGCACAAACCAUUGCAAUAGGAGUCGGAACCAUUGCCCCUGCAAUUAGAUGGUUUACAGCUGUAAAUUUCAGGUGCCCAACAUUAAGGAAGAAAAGUUGCAGGGGAGAAUUCAAACUAGAAAGAUAUUGGAUCCAGUUCUUAGUGGAGUUGAAAGAAUGCCCAUUUACCUUACGAAUCCAUAACCGGCACUGCAGGAAACUAGCCCAUGAUGCCAAAAAUCAAAUUUUGGACUUGUGUAUUGGAAUGCAAACUGGAAUUGUGUUGGCAAGCAAAGCCAUUCGACUUAUUUCUGUAUACUUCAUAAGCAGGAUUUUAUUAUUCUGUGUUUGGUGCAGAAAGUUGAAAUUCAAAUCCAACAACAUUUCAAUUGACUCAGGACGGGAGUCACAGUCCAGCUCAAAACCAGACCUUAGCCGUUUUGUUUUGCAUCUUGAAGGUGAGAAUCAACUUGUUGAGUUGAUGAUGAAGAGCAAUCGAGAUGCUACUGAACAUUGGAUACUUAAGGGAAAAAAGAAGCAGCCCAGGCAUCUCAUAGAACUGUUGGAAAAGUCAUCAGAGGGACUCCACGGAGUCAGCGAAUUCGACAGUAACCUAGUUCACUCUCUAGACAGCGAAGAACCUAAAAACUGUUGGUCUCUUCCAGUGGUGACUCUAACAGCCAUUGCAACUGCAAUUCCAAACAUCAACAAUAACAUACGUAAGCAGCUGAAACGUAGUGUACAUGAAGGUCUUAUAUAUGUCAAACACAUAGAAGACAACCUGGAAACAGAAGACAAUAUGAAUAACAUCAGGAAGGCAGCAUAUACUGUGUGGCUAGGAAUUGAAAUGUAUCACAAAUGGCUAGAUGUGGAUCUUAAUAAGCUGUGCGUCCAAGCAGAAAGCACAAAAGAAAUACUUGAAGGACUUGCUGAUGCUGCAAAGAACAGGUACAUUGAAUUUAAGAAGACUUACGUGAAUCAAUGUCUCCUGAAGGAAAGCCCGUCCAAGUGGCCAAUCAAUGUAUUGGCAGCUAAUUCCAUGUAUAGAAUAAGCCAAACAAUUCUGCAGAAUUAUGAAAUAAGCUGCAGCCAUAAUAGUGAUAGAUUAUUUGAAACAUUAACUGUCAUGAUCUCAGAUAUAUUGCUUGCUUGUUUCACCAACUUCAAACAUAUCAUAAGUCUCAAGUGUAUGAGUAGCUCAGUUGAAAUACGGGCAGAAUCUGUGCGGCAUGCAGCUUUCCUUCUUGGUGAAACAGAAGGUAUUCUAAAACUUCUAAACCAGAAAGAACUUCCCAGGUUGGGUCCAGAUGAAAUGGCAUGCAUUGAAGACUGGCGUGCAUUGCAACAGCAGAAGAACCAUUUGCCCUUGCCUCUAUCUUCACCAGAAACUGAUGCAGCUUCUUCCGUUUCAUAUGACUUGCAUCUGACCAUAGAUUAAAAUUCAAACCCAAAGAGCAAUAUAAGCAGCUUAUGUUUAUGCUGGACCUUCAAGCUUUUUGUUUUAUCUAUCAUGUUUAUAGUAAAUACUUGUAAUUAAUGUCAACAUGUAAUAAAAUAUAAUCCAGAAGUAAUUAUUGAGACUUGACAUCCCUUGUUCA